UCUCUCUUGCAGCCCUUGCUCACACAGCACACACACGGCACAGCGGCACGCUCAUGCACGCAGUCACGCUGCGAGAGGGGUGUGGGGGGAGGAGAAGCGACACAGGAAACUGACGUCGCCUUCGGCGGCCUGCUACUUAAAAUCCCCUCGCCUCGCCUCCGGCUGCCUCCUCUCUUUUCUUUCUCUUUCCCCGCACAAAUCGCCCCCAGGUGCCAGGUGUGCGGGGGCAGCCAGCGGCGGCGGAGGUCGGGACGGAUUCCGGCCGGUGAGGAGGUGGUCGGGGGGAAGUGCAUGUGAGAUCCGAUGGCGGCGGCUGCACCGGCGGCCGGCGGCGGCGGUGGUGCGGAAGCGGGAUGCGGAGGAGGCGGAGGGAAGGACCCGCUGUUCGUCGAGCUGUGGAAGGCCUGCGCGGGGCCGCUGUCUAGCGUGCCGCCGCUCGGGGAGAAGGUCUACUACUUCCCGCAGGGCCACAUCGAGCAGGUGGAGGCAUCGACGAACCAGAUUGCUGAGCAGCAGGGCACGCCCCUCUACAACCUGCCAUGGAAGAUUCCAUGCAAGCUCAUGAACAUCGAGCUGAAGGCUGAGCCGGAUACUGAUGAGGUGUACGCCCAGCUCACCCUGCUCCCUGAUAAGAAGCAAGAUGAGAAUACAUCUACAACAGUGGAGAAUGAGGAGGCAGAGGAGGAGGUGGUGCCUCAUGCGCCACCAACAAAUGAGGGACCUCGGAUCCAUUCCUUUUGCAAGACAUUGACUGCCUCAGACACAAGCACGCAUGGUGGUUUCUCAGUGUUGCGCCGGCAUGCAGAUGAGUGCCUCCCACCAUUGGAUAUGAGUCAACACCCCCCAAAUCAAGAAUUGGUGGCCAAGGACCUGCAUGGGAUUGAGUGGCGGUUCCGUCACAUCUUUCGAGGUCAGCCACGGAGACACCUCCUUCAGAGUGGUUGGAGUGUUUUUGUUAGCGCCAAGCGUCUUGUUGCAGGGGAUGCCUUCAUAUUUCUCAGAGGUGAGAAUGGGGAGUUACGUGUUGGGGUUCGGCGUGCACUGAGGCACCAAACCACUAUCCCAUCUUCAGUCAUAUCAAGCCACAGUAUGCAUCUUGGUGUUCUUGCGACAGCAUGGCAUGCAGUCAACACUGGGAGUAUGUUCACUGUCUACUACAAGCCAAGGACUAGUCCAGCUGAAUUUGUGGUCUCGCGAGAUAGGUACUAUGAAUCACUGAAACGAAAUUAUUCAAUAGGGAUGAGAUUUAAGAUGAGAUUUGAAGGUGAAGAAGCAGCAGAGCAAAGAUUCACUGGCACAAUAGUUGGAAUAGGUGCUUCUGAUCCAUCUGGUUGGGCUGACUCAAAAUGGCGUUCCCUUAAGGUGAGAUGGGAUGAAGCUUCUUCUGUUCCUCGUCCUGAAAGAGUUUCUCCUUGGCAAAUAGAACCUGCUAUUAGCCCAUCUCCUGUGAACCCUCUUCCAGUCAGAUUCAAGAGGUCUCGUUCAAGUGUUAAUGCUUCACCAUCUGACGUGCCUACUGUAUCCAGAGAAGUUGCUUCUAAAGUCAUGGCAGAGUCGCAACAAAGUAAUCUCCCAAGGGCCUUGCACAAUCAAGGAAGGACACAAUUGACAGGUCGAUACCAUGAUAGCAGUGAUGUGAAGACUGCUCAGGAUCUUACCAUGUGGUCUUCAGGAACUGAGCAGCAGAGAAACAAUAUUGCUGCCCAGACAAAGCGAAGUCUGGAGGGAUGGACGCAAUCUAGAACUCCUGAAGGUUACAAUCAGCUGUUCUCGGCAUUUCAACCACUGAAAGAUACACAUAAUCCACUUUGUACUUUCCCUAGUCAAAUAUCUGGGACUCGCUCAAAUACCUGGGACACAGCCGAUGCUCGUUAUCCAGCCCAACAAGCCAAUCACAACAUGUUACAUGGCACAUGGCCUUUUAUGCCUCAUAGCAGUGGUUUUAGGACGAAUCAACAGAAUUAUCUAGUGAUGCCUGAAGCUGCAAAGUUUACUGGGAAAUCAGCUUUCACUUCACUUCAGGGCCAUGGCACUGAUCAGUGCUCCACAGGCUGGUUUGGACAUAUUGAGUCAAGUUCCCGCACAGACCAUGCAUCGUCAAGUUCGAUCAGGCCCCAGCCUUUGGUUAUUGGUAAUGAUGUUCAGAAAACCAAAGGCACUUCAUUCAAACUAUUUGGGAUUCCUCUUGGCAGCCCGGAAAAAUCUGAACCUCUGGUAUCCCCACCAAGUGUCGCAUAUGACGGGAAACUUCAAACUUCUCCAUCAGAAAAAGGGAAUCAGCUAGACAUAGUUGGAGUGGAUAAUUGUUCUGAUCCUUCGAAGACUGUGAAGCCAUUUGAUGGUCCUCAAUCAGAUUCGAUUACAGAGAAUAAUCAGCCUUGUCCAGAAGCUACCCAGAAUAUUCAGAACAAAGUGCAAAGUAGUUCCACCAGAAGCUGCAAGAAGGUCCAUAAGCAAGGCAGUGCCCUCGGCAGAUCGAUUGAUCUAACAAAGUUCACUUGCUACGAUGAGCUGAUUGCUGAACUGGAUCAGAUGUUUGACUUUGAUGGUGAGCUGAAGAAUCCAUGCAAAAAUUGGCUGGUUGUCUACACUGACAAUGAAGGCGAUAUAAUGCUGGUUGGCGAUGACCCCUGGAAUGAAUUCUGCGACAUGGUCCACAAGAUCUUCAUCUACACAAGGGAGGAAGUGGAAAGGAUGAACCCAGGUGCCCUAAACUCAAGGUCCGAGGAUAGUCUGUCUGACUCGCAGGGAAGAGGGUUGGCUUCCAAAGAGCCGCCCCGAGGUGGCCCGUCUACUUCGACUCCCAAUUCCGAGAGCUGCUAAUUUUUCCAGUCAGUGAGGUCUUUUGAAGUGGUGGAUGAAGCAGACAAAAGCAUCAGAGUGACCGGAAGAAUGAGAAAAGGGACGAGUCUUGUAGUGGUGUAGUAGGUACUUUGUGUGUAUGCCUCCGGGUAAGCCCCGCGGUACUCAGUUUGUAGAUGGUGCUUGUCCUGGUGGUGCCAGUUUCCCGUUGUAAGCUAAGUUUUUGGGUGUGCCCUGUUCUAGGGGUAAGUUAUUGUAGCAGAGCAGGACAGACCGAGAGAGCAGGCAAGAAACCGCUGGUGCGCCUGCUUGGCCCUCUUUUUCCUUCCGAAGCCCUGUAAAUAGCCUUGGCCCUGAAUCGUAGUAAUGUAUUGUCGACAGCCGUACUUACUCGCUCCUGACUGCGUGUGUGUUUGGUUGAGUUGUGUAUGUCAUGCAAGAGUUUGUAUACAGGGUUGAAGGUAGCGGAUCUGCUACAUGGUA